CUCAUAUCUCAACUAUUCGCACUCUCUUGAUUGAAUCAUUUACCGAGAAUUUACCGCUUCUGUAUGAUAUGUCAGUCGCGGUGCCUGCCGGUUUUCGAGCCUUACCUCUGCCCCUCGCCCAGCUUUCCCUCGCCGCUGUACUCAAAUGCGGGCAAUCGUUCCGAUGGAGUAUAUUCCCUCUCGAUGUACCUAGCAACUCAGCUCUGGGAACCAACUCUCCAACACAUGAAUACCGCCUCUGUCUGCGCGACCGCGUGGUAUGCCUACGCCAAAGCCCGGACACACUCUUUUAUCGCUCUGUUUUCCCUCCCUUGGUUUCUGAAGAUGAGGAGACGCGAGAGGCCGGAACCCUUGCUUGGAUCAGGGACUACUUUCAGUUGAACGUAGAUUUGGUGGACCUCUACCGUCAAUGGAGCUUGGCCGACCCCAUCUUCAAGCGAAUACAGGACCGGUUCGAAGGGAUUCGCAUGCUAAGGCAAGAUCCGUUCGAAAAUCUCAUCUCCUUCAUCUGCUCCUCAAAUAACAACAUAUCCCGUAUCACAAAGAUGGUCACCUCCCUUUGUCGAACAUACUCCCCUGCUCUCCUUAGCUUGCCUCCACCUGCUGGAACAAACCUGCCAGAAGAGGCGUAUCACCCUUUCCCGUCGCCAUCUGCGCUUGCAGCAGCAGACGUCACUGCAAAACUGCGAGCCCUUGGCUUUGGCUAUCGAGCCGACUUCAUACAAAAGACAGCCGCUAUGCUAGUGGAAACCCACGGUCUUACGCGGAAUCCCGAGACGUCCAUGGAAGCAUCAGAGGAGUGGCUCAUGACGCUGAGACAUCUGGGAACUCCUGAAGCGCGAGCCGAGUUGCUCAAUUUCAUGGGCGUCGGUCGCAAGGUGGCCGACUGCAUCUUACUCAUGAGUCUCGACAAGAGGGAGGUUAUACCUGUGGACACACACGUGCAACAAAUAGCAAUUAAACACUACGGCUUUCGUGGUCCGACGAAGUCGGGUACCAUGUCACCAAAAGUAUACGAAGAAUUGAGCUCCAAGCUAGCAGCAGUGUGGGGAGAUUAUGCCGGCUGGGCGCACUCUGUGUUAUUUACGUCAGACCUCAAAUCGUUCGCUGCAUACGGCCUUGCUUCCCCUUCCGGACUAUCGACGCCUUCUACCCCUGGCCUAACUCCAGAUCGCAGUGUUAACCAACCCAUGGAUAGUCCCGGAGGGGCGACGCCGAGGAGCACUCCCAGACCUCAAUCAACAAAACGAAAGCGGGGCGGUCCGAAGCGUUCUGGUGAUAAAGCACCUUCAUCGGAAUCGGAGACGGAAGAGACACUGGCACAGCUCGAAGUCGCGGUGAAGGUCGCUCUCCCCGAUGAGUCGGGACAGUCAACCCUGGUAGACCGCGUGAAGAGGCGCAGGCGAGGGAAUGUCUCUGUCCGAUAG